AUGGCUGCAAGUGCUUUGGGCAUUAGUGCUCCAAACUUGUCCUGCUCAGCUGGUAGGUAAACUCGAUAUCCUAAUUACUCUCGGGGUAUUCAUUCCCAUUUCAGUUAACUAAAGGCGCAAUAAUUGUAAAGGUGCUGAGAAUAAAAGAUAAAAUACGAGAAGUUUGUUUACGAACUUCGCUCGACGGAUGCGGGAAUCAAAACCGCGAAGUUUACCCACACAAACCGAUUCGCAAAUGCAUGCGGUUACGUUGGAAGAAAUUUUUGCGUCAUACGGAUGAUGUUUGAACUUUUUAUCCUAGAAAAGCGGCCCAAGUUUUCUAGAGAUAAAAUUCGAAGUAUCUGAGAUCCACAAUGAACGCUUGUCGAUCGGUGUUUUCGUUGAAGUGAAUUUCACUUUGGGCGUGAGUACUCUGGGGUUAUGAUUCCUUGUUUCAACUUGAAAAUCUAAUAAUCGUCAAUUGUCUUUUGGACGCAGCUAUCAUGGUAUUAGUUGGGGUACUUUGAUUAAUUCGUUCAAUUCAGAUUCAUGCCCUUGAGUUUUGCCUUUUUAUUUGCUCAUGAAAAUGCAUAUUUAUCAGCUGUAAUUGGACAGAAAAUCAUAUGUUUUUCUGUCGCGCAUAUUUUCAUUUCUAUCUAUACAGCUCGUAGGAAAUUUUAGUUUGAUUUGUUGCUCUAACCCGGUGGAAGGUUAGAUGUUGUGUUUGUAAUUUACUUAUUUUAUCGCAUUAUCUGUAGUAAUUGCCGAUAAAGCGUAUUUGAAACAGCGAACAAUAUCAAAUCGGAAUUAGUUCUACAGGCUUAUGCAAGUAAUUGUGUCAGACGCGAAUCGUGUAAGCCAGUUUUUCGACCUGUUAUAAAUUUUUCAAUCUCUUAAUUGAGUGAAAAUGAGUUUUUUUGCGGAAGUAUUACCAAUUUACUGUCUUUGCGUGACCUUGGCCAAAUUCUGAUCUUUUGCUGUCCAGCUCCUGCUCAGCCUAAAAAUAAUAAUUCCUAAUUUGGAUCAUGAAGCAUGCUGCUGAGUCAUGAUACGGAGAAAAACAAAGACAGAUAUACUGUUUUUUUUUUUUUUUUUUUUUUUUUUUCGUAGUGAUAACAGAAGGAAACAUAUGGGUGUAACCUUUGAGUGUUUUUAUAACGUUUCUAUAGAACUUGAGGGAAAACACUUUUAGAUCAGGGAAAAUAUUUGAUUGUUAGUUUUGCAAGUGCUAUUGUUAAAUUACAAUCCCAUUAGUUUCUAGAUCAAGUUACCUCAGGCCUCAUUUUGAUGAAAAUUGAGACUAUAUGAUUUUAUGGUGAAUUAACUAGUAAACUAUUUCUUUUUGUAUUUAAAUGAUGUUAUUGUUUCCUAAUAAAUUAUGGGUAAUAUACUUGUUGUCAAGCAACACCAGUAAAUAAAUUUGAAAACAAAAUAGCAAAUUGGUAGACAUGACUUCCUGUUGAUUAACUUAAUUAAUAGUUGCCCUUGCUUGACUAGAAAAAUCCAUAUUCUUAUAUCAAAAGGUAAAAAUUAUCAGCCAUUGAAACAUAUAAACCCUCUAUCUUCCUUUCUAACAAAUGAUUAAAUAUUAUUUAAAAAUGAGGAAACUACAAACUGCAUUAUUUUUUUCAGGUGCUGAAGAUGUCUUUGAUGGUGAAAUGAGGUUGCAAAAGAUAAACUUUAUGAUGCCAUACCUACCACUGACACAGUCUCGUUCACGGCGACCUCUCUCUGUAGAUGAUUGUGUUGUUGCUGAAGAAUAUUUGACCAAGUCUCCUCAUUCCUGGGACUCUGGCGUUUUCUCACCAUUAUCACUGUCAUCCAGUUCACUUUCCAGUAGUGAUCAAACUUGGAUGUCACCACCUCCUUCAUCACGACUUACCAGCUCACCAAAGCCAAAAGCAAAGAAACAAUUGUUUUCAUUCCCAGCAGGUAUGUGUGGAGAGUUUUAAGAAACAUUUUAAACAUUGUGUAAGCAAUGUUGUGGUUAUAUUAAAUUUUGAAUGUUUUUCUUGGUGCAAUGUAGUGCUAUAGUGUGUAUCUUUCUUUUGCUGUUUAGGUGCUUUAAUAUGUACUUGUUGAUAGUUAUUAUCAUUAUAUGGCAAGGUAGACCUGUAGUAAAUCAGAGCACUCUGACUGGUUGUUACUUGGUUGGGAUUUUGCCAUACAGACUGUUCCCUGGUAAUAGUCAUUAGCAAUUUAAUUUUUGUGUGCAAAAGCUAGCAAACUUAAAAUAAGGGAGUUUUGUCUGAGUGCCAUGUAAAAGACUACUUACACUCACAGUACCCUAGUGAGGUUAUUUGGCCCUCAGUUGUAUUUGACUUGUACAAACCUGGCUGCAGUCAGUCUGUAUUAGUACAGCUCAGACCAAUAUUCCUCAGUAUCACCCUUAUACUAUAUUAGCAAAAAUUUUCAUUAAGAGAAUGUGUGUGUACUUGAAACUGAAAUGAAGAAAAAAAAUGAUUGUUAAAAAGGAUUGCACUAACUUUGUGUUUUUUCUUUAGCCCUAUACCAGGAUGUUUUUUCUGACCCUUCCAUGGAAUCUAUAUUUGGUGAUAUACAUGAAGAUAUUGGUGUGUCUUGGAAAAUACUUGGACGCUAUAUGCUGAAAAGAGAAUGCAUUCUCAAUAACAUUGAUGAAGAUUACAAGGGUGUUGGAGAGAAAGCAUACCAGUUUCUUUUGAAGUGGAAAGCAGAGGUUGGGGAAGCUGCCACUCCUCAAAAGCUGUUUCUGUCAGUGUUGCAUAUUAAGCGCACAGAUGUUGCCAAGAAGUUGAUGACUUUAGUUCCUUCGCUUCAAGGCUUGUCAGAUCUAGUGAUAGACAGUGCUAUUACAAGUGAAAGUAUCCUAUAUAACUGGAAGGAAGAACCUGAGAAUUUAAAAGUAGAGAGGGUGUUGAGUGAAGAUAAAAAGGUAAUGAUGCAAAAAGAAUUGCAAUAAAAUAAUUAAGUGGCCAAUAUGAAUGGUUCAUCAAAUGCUAGUAUUAAUCAAAACAAAGUCUUCAUUAUUUAUGGGAGAUCAUAAAAUUCUCAGGCUAUCAGGCAGAAUUCUUAGGUAAAUUUUUAUGGCCUGGUUUUUUUUCCGACUGAGACAUUUAGAAGUCUCUCCUGUUGCUUAACAUGAUUCUCUUGCUGAAACAAUAAAGCAGCUUAAUACAAAAGCACUUGGAUUCAUUUGUAUAGGUAAUCACAUGACACUAAACACCACUUUUUCCAAACCGACAACUCAGAAAGCAGUGCUUUUUACAGUGUUUUUGUUGUUAGAGCUGUUUUUCAGCCACUUUAUUGUUGUUGAGGUGAGCCGCUAUAUUGUUGUUGCAGUGGCGAAAGAAAACCUACUUGAUACGCCAGCCAUUGUUUUGCUCGCAAAUUUUCAGUGCAUCUAAAUGUUGUGACAUCCAAGGCUUGCACUUAAUUAGCUCUCUGUUAGUUUCUUUGAUUAUUGACCAAUGAGAAUAUCUGGUUUGGUACUUCUUUGCACUGAAUUAACCCUCUUCUGCACUGAAUUACCUUAAAACUGCAUUAACUUAACCAAUCAGAACUGAGUAAUUUUUUCAUGCAUAUUAUUAUGCAUGUAACUUAUUUGUUUUACAUGAACACUUACUGGAAACAGUCAAAAUGGCCUUGUUCCAUGGUUUUAUGAUUUGAUGCAUCUUAUCCCCCCUUAAAAUAAUUUCAUACAAGCUUGCAAGUGAUUGACAUGUAACUUCUCCUGAUAGUAUCCAUAAAUUAUCCUGCAAACAGGCAACCAGAAUAAGUUGUUAUCUUGAUCUGACACCAAAUUCUUGUAACUAAGUUAAAAGGGAAUGUGUAGCAGCUAGAGGGGAGAAUUAACAGUCAGAUCUGGGUAAUUACAGGGUUAAUAAAUAUUAAUUUAUCAAAUGCAGUAGUUCAGAUGAAGGCAAGAUUUUAAUGCUUGGAACAUCUGAAUCAAGCUGUGUACUAACAGGCAUUGUCUUAUCUCUGACCUUUUUAAAGGUUCUUGUGUGUUUAAGCACAGUGACAUCCCAAAGGUUGGUCCUCAAACAAGAAGAAGGUGAAGUGGAGGCUUAUGCUGUGAGAAAGGUGAGGCCAACAUACACUGUACUUUGUAUAUUGUCCAUAUGCAUUUUCUACUAAUCAACUGAAUUAAUGCUAAAGCUACUAAUUUUAUGUGGCAAAAUGGGUGUAAGACUAUGGGAUGAGUAUAAAAAAAAAUUCACUUUAUUAAUAUUGUCAGAGACAAGCUUUUGGUAAUGAUUUAAUUGUUGAAAGUGGCAUUAGGGUAUUUUUUUCCAGAAAUCACCUUUAGUUUUACAAUCUCUUGUAUUAUUCUCUGUUUGUAACUCUGAACAGUUCAGGGUAAUGUGUUCUCCAACCUGUAGAUGUACUUAUGUACUUAUUUCAUGAUCUGGGUGGAAAGAUUCCCUCAUAAGAUUGACAGUAAUUAGCAAUUAAAAUUUUUAACCUGUCAUUCCCUUAUUACUUUUCAACAGUGCAUAGAUUGUCAGGUGCUAAGAAAACAAAGCCAGCGUUUGCGCAAAACUGAAGAAUUUCUCAAGGACUUAGAAAUGAAGCAAAAGAUGAUACAAAAUCUGCUUGCUGUCAUCAAACAACUCCAGAACCACCUGCUGAAUCAGCAUCAGUACAUCUCUGGACAAAAAUUCAGCUGUCAAAACUGUGAACUGUACACAUUGAAACAAGACCUUGUCCAAAAAGAGUUGACUCUUUUACACUAUGAACUGGAAAGGAUGAGCCAAACCAGAAACAGGCGAAUCUCAAUCAGUGGUAUUCCCUCUGAAAGAAUCUUCAACUUAGCAACUAGGACAUAUUCAGUAUGCGAAGAGCAUCAGGAAAUGCACUUGGAUAGUAAGAGACGACAAAGCAUGUGUCAGCAUUCUGAAGAGACAAUGGACUCUGAUGACAAUGAUCACAUUGAAGGACCACUGAUGGUAAAAUCUUUUAUUUUUAGUUUUCAAAUAACUAUUGAUUGCAUUGGAACCAAGUUUACACUGAUUUUUGUCAAUUCCCUCCAAACUCACAAUGUACUUUUCCUUCCUACCUGCAGUGUGCAUUGAAUGUGAUAAUUGGUAUUGGUAGAAGACGAAAAGUUACUCAGUCUUUGAAAAGCAAAAAGACCACUUCUGGGGCCAAGAAGAAGGUAUUUACAAAUUAAUUGCCCUUUUUUAGUUAUGAAUUAGGCAGGGCUUGUUUUUUUGCACUUCAUCAUGCAAAAAUAAUAAUUAUGUAAAUGGUAUUUCAAUAUUGGGAGAAGAAAUAGAGUCUACCUCAGAAAUGGAACAAAGGGGGUAAGUUUUUAAAGAAACUGAGGUACUGCAUCAGUGGAAGAGUAUAACAGGGUAAUUAAGUAUUAUCAACUGAGUUGAUAGCGUAAAUUGGCCACUGUAAAGAGUUUUAAAACUGACAUUUUAAGCAUGAGCCCUUUGUCAUUUGCUCCAACAAAACUCUUUACAGUGGCCAAUUUACAUUAUUAACUCAGUCGAUAAUAAUAAAUUACCCUUGUAUACCUCAGAAAGAGGUUCACUUACUUUGCAAAGACAAAUUGGUCAUCAUGGCUAAAACCACUGCUCAAUUUCUGUCUAAAGGAAAGUGGAGGUGACAGCAGAAGAAGGUGUCCAAUCUACUAAUGUCAGAAUAACAUCUGAUGGCCAUAUUUGUGAUUUCUCUGCAGCUAGGGAAGGCCAACAGUAAUCCUAUUUCAUCAUCAUCAUCAUUGUCGUCAUCAUCAUCAUCAUCCUCAAGACAAAGCUACUUACUAGCACAAGAAAACCCCAUAUUUAUGCCAAGUUUUGUUCACUCGCUUGACUGGUCAGGUGUCCCAGCAUUUAAGGUUAGUUGGUGU